AAAAUGAUGAAUAUUUCCGAAAACUGCAUUCUUGUUUUGACAAGAUGAAGUUUCUUCCGUUUUUUUUGUGCUCCUUUUCAACGGUUUUGGCAGCUGAAGUACGAAUAAUCGGCGGUGAUGACGCUCUCGCUGGCCAAUUUCCUUUUUCCGCCGCGAUUUACGUCCGAACGAACGAUGGGACUUACUUUUGCGGAGGGACACUUAUUAGUGACGAGUGGAUUUUAACAGCAGGUCAAUGUGUACAUGAGGCAGUUUUAUUUACGAUUCAGUUAGGAUCAAAUACCUUGCAAGGAGACGAUCCAAAUCGGAUCAAAGUAUCAACAAGCGAAUCAGUGAUUCAUCCAAAUUUCGAUCCACUUACUUUACAAAACGACAUCGGACUUGUUAAAUUGCGACUACCGGUUGAAUACAAUGAUUAUGUUCGGCAAAUUCGGUUUUUGCCAACUUUUAGACUACAGGAUGGGGCAUUAACGAUUGGUAUUGGUUGGGGACAGAUUAGUGAUGAGAGUUCUGGUCUUUCAAAUCAACUUCAACGAGUCAAUUUGACUACUAUUUCCACAGAUGAGUGCAAGUUAACCUACGGUGGGCAAAUUACCGAAGACAUGGUUUGUGUUAGUGGUAAUUACAAUGAAGGAAGUUGUACUGGUGAUAUGGGGAGUCCGCUAUUACAGCAUGUAGGUAGAGGGUAUUAUCUGAUUGUUGGAGUUGCAAGUUUUAUUAGUGGAAAUGGGUGUGAGAGUACAGAUCCAUCGGGGUAUACUAGAACCUUCAGUUACAUCGGAUGGGUCAGAAAUAUUACAAAUAUUUAAUUCAAAUAAAGUAGUCCAUACUAUUAAGUCUGUACCAGUCGUAAUAUAAUGAUAAAAAGUAUAUAAGUAA